CUGAAGCGCACUAAUACUCCCACAAUGGCGACCGCUUCCGCUGAUUCCACGCCCCCUGCGCGCAGGCCGCUUACGCUGCCGGAAAAGAUUCUUACGCACUGGGCUGUGGGUCUGACUAAGCCCGAAGUGACGCCUGGCCAGAUGCUGUGCGUCAAGGCGCAGUGGACGCUGGCCUGUGAGAUCACGUGGAAGUCCAUGGACAAGACGUACCAGGACAUGGGCCGCCCGCGUAUCUGGCGCAACGAUCGCUUCUGGCUGGCUGUGGACCAUACCGUGGACCCGCGUGUGAACCACCAGCCGCGUCAGCAGAUGAUGAUUAAAGCGUCUGAGGACUUUGCCAAGGAGGCGCAGCUCACUAACUUCCAGCCGCCCAACACUACCAUCCUCCACACCGAGUUUUACCGCCAACGUGCGCAGCCUGGCCAGAUCGUGGUGGGUGCCGACUCACACUCGUGCAGUACCGGUGGCCUUGGCGCCUUCGCUAUUGGUUUGGGCGCUGCUGACGUUGUCAUGCCCCUUGUGACGGGUGAGACGUGGAUCAAGGUGCCCGAGACGGUGCUCAUUGAGUUUGUAGGCACUCCUCCCAUGGGCAUGGGUGGCAAGGACGUCAUGCUCUACACUCUGGGCCAGUUAAAGUGCAACACGGUGGCGAUUGGCCGCUGCGUGGAGUGGGGUGGCAACAUCUCAGCGCUGUCCUGCGACGCCCGCUUCGCUAUCAGUAACAUGACGGCCGAGUUCGGUGGUAUUGCCGGCGUCUUCCCCGCUGACGAGCGCACUGCUGCGUACAUCUCCAAGCGCCCGGACCAUAACCAGGACGCGCUCUACUUCCGUGCUGACGAGGACGCGCAGUACGCCGAGAAGUUCCAGAUCGACCUGGACAACCUGGAGCCCCAGGUGGCUCUCUUCCCGUCGCCUGACAACGUCAAACCUGUGUCGGAAGUCGUAGGCAUGAAGCUGGAUGGCUGUUUCAUCGGUGCCUGUACUACCGCCGAAGAAGACCUGGUGCUCGGUGCUCUGGUGCUUGAGGCUUGCUUGAAGCAAGGCAUGACCCCCGUGGCUCACGGCCAGCGUCGUGUGACUCCUGGCAGUCAGAUCAUCGUCGACAACCUUAAGAAGCACGGUCUCAUUGACGUGUACGAGAAGGCCGGCUUCAUUGUGGGUGCUCCAGGCUGCAGUUUCUGUCUGGGUAUUGCUGCUGACGUUGCAGGCGAGAACGAGGUGUGGCUCAGCUCGCAGAACCGCAACUACCGCAACCGCAUGGGCAAGGGCUCCAUCGCCAACCUCGCGUCUGCCAUCACUGUGGCUGCUUCCAGCUUCACCAUGGAAGUCACCGACCCGCGUCCAUUCCUGAAGCUCAUUGACGUGGAGAAGUUCAACUCGGCUGUCCCCAAGCAGCCUGCUGUACCCAUCACGAUCGCUGAGGUCGACCCGGAACUCCCGACUGCUGCGGCUGAGGAGGCGGGCAACGCCGAUGCUGAGGCUGCUGCGUCGCUCGAUACCUUCUCAGGUUCCAUCCAGGGCCGCGUGCAGGUGUUUGGUGACAACAUUGACACGGACGCUAUUCUGCCCGGUGAGUUCUUGUGUGAGAACGACAUGGAGGCUCUGGGUAAGGUCGCCUUCCUGCACACGAACCCAGACUUCCGCGGCAAGGUCAAGCAGGGCCAGGACGUUGUGGUUGCUGGCCACGGCUUCGGCUGCGGAUCGUCGCGCGAACAGGCUGUGACGGCCAUGAAGGGUGCAGGUGUGAAGGCUCUGAUUGCGCGCUCGUUCGGGUACAUUUUCUCGCGUAACUACCAGAAUUUUAGUCUGCUGGGCAUCCAGCUGGACGACGACCGCUUCUAUGAGCUCGCCAAGGAGAACGUGGACAUCACAGUCAACAUGACUGGACGCACGAUUGAGGUUGGCGGUGAGACCUUCUGCUUCAACAUGUCGCUCUUUGAGGAGCGUCUGCUUGCUGGCGGUGGCAUCAUGCCGCUGUACAAGAAGUUCGGCAACCGUCUCUUCCGAGUGGCAGUUCAGGACCCUGCGGCCGACAAGGGAAGCUGCGGCAGCGGCAGUGGCUGCUCCAGCAAGGAGGAGGCCCCGGCGUCAACAGUAGCAGGUGCGUCUAAGGACCUGUCGUGGUAGAGUGUCCAGAGCAUGGAGAAACAAAGAUAAUGUAACAUGCUUUAUUUUUUCA